AUGUGCAAUGGAGAAUGGGCCGUGGUGAAAUGGUGCAUGUGCGUGCGAGACAGCGUGCGUGCGAUGUUGAAGCAGGCUGGGUGCCUGCUGCUGGCAGAGGCAGAGCCGGUGGACGUGCUGAAGGCACUGCAGUUCCAGGCCCAGCCGGCCGGCGUGCGGAAGGCGACGGGGUUCUGCCCCGCCAGGUGGGCAGGGCAGGGGCCGGACGUGGCCUACAGGAUAUCACGGCAGGCGCAGAUCAGCGCCCCCACCAGGCAGCUCUUCCCAGGGAAGUUCCCGGAGGAUUUCUCCAUCAUGGCCCUGGUGAAGGCCAAGGCCGGGACCCAGGCGUUCCUGCUCUCCAUGUACGACCAGCACGGCACCCAGCAGCUGGGCGUGGAGCUGGGGCGCUCGCCCGUCUUCCUCUACCAGGACCAGAACGGCCGGCCCGCCCCCGAGGACUACCCGCUCUUCCGGGGCAUCAACCUCGCUGACGGCAAGUGGCACCGGCUGGCGCUGAGCGUGCGCAAGCAGUCGGUGACGCUGAUCCUGGACUGUAAGAAGAAGGUGACGCGGCCGCUGCCCCGGGGCCCGCGCCCGGUGAUCGACACCCGCGGCAUCACUGUCUUUGGCACCCGCAUCCUCGACGAGGAGGUCUUCCAGGGUGACAUCCAGCAGCUGCUCAUCGCCCCGAACCCGCAGGCAGCCUAUGACUACUGUGAGCACUACAGCCCCGACUGCCACGCUCAGCCCCACGCGCCCCAGGCGCAGGAGGCGCAGCAGAGACCUGCCAGGCCCGAGAAACCCGCUGGGCCGGGCCGCAAGGCGCCCGCCAAGCCGGCGCCCAAGCAGCAGAAACGGCAGCAGCUGAUGAGCACGGCCCCAGCCUACGGCAAAGCUCCCGGUGGCGGGAAAUCUCCCGGGAAAGCCCCCGGCAACGCCAAGUCCCCUGGCAACGGCAAAUCCCCCGGCAACGCCAAGUCCCCUGGCAACGGCAAAUCCCCCGGCAACACCAAGAUGGCAGCUGGGGGGAAACACCCGGCUGUGAAAAAUGCCCUGGGCAAGGCCCAGAUGGGGGGCAAGGCCUACGCUGGCGCUGGCGCGCCCAGGAAACACGGCAACGGCUACCAGCAGGCUGUGCGCGGAGUCAGAGGCUACAAAGGAGAGAAGGGAGAGCCGGCCGUCAUGGAACCGGGAAUGCUGGUGGAGGGCCCCCCCGGCCCUGAGGGACCUGCGGGCAUAUCGGGGCCACCGGGCACACAGGGCCCCCCGGGACCCCCAGGAGAUCCUGGUGAGAGGGGUCCUCCUGGCCGUUCAGGUCUCCCUGGCUCGGAUGGGACGCCUGGACCCCCUGGCACAUCUCUCAUGCUCCCGUUCCGGUUUGGGAGCAGCGGUGGAGACAAGGGGCCUGCGGUGUCAGCACAAGAGGCACAAGCACAGGCCAUUUUACAGCAAGCCCGGAUGGCCCUGCGUGGCCCCCCGGGACCCAUGGGAUACACCGGCCGGCCUGGGCCCCUGGGGCAGCCAGGGGGCCCCGGGCUGAAGGGGGAAGCCGGAGACUUCGGACCCCAGGGACCCCGCGGGCCGCAGGGCCUGUCUGGCCCCCCGGGGAAGCCUGGAAGGAGGGGUCGUGCUGGAGCCGAUGGUGCCCGGGGGAUGCCCGGGGAGCCUGGUGUUAAGGGCGACCGAGGCUUUGACGGGUUGCCGGGGCUGCCGGGGGACAAGGGGUACAGGGGUGAGACGGGUUCCCAGGGCAUCCCAGGCCCCCCUGGUGAGGAUGGACAGCGGGGAGACGAUGGAGAGGUCGGCCCCAGAGGGCUCCCUGGAGAACCGGGACCCAGAGGUUUGCUUGGACCCAAAGGCCCACCGGGGAUCCCCGGGCCUCUGGGCGUGCGUGGCAUAGAUGGUCCCACUGGGCCCAAAGGGAACCUGGGGCCGCAAGGCGAGCCAGGUCCCCCAGGUCAGCAGGGAACUCCAGGCACCCAGGGAUUACCGGGACCACAAGGUGCUAUGGGCCCCCCCGGAGAGAAGGGUCCCACGGGCAAACCUGGUCUCCCCGGCAUGCCAGGGUCUGACGGGCCUCCCGGGCAUCCGGGGAAGGAAGGUCCGUCGGGAACCAAAGGUAACCAGGGUCCGUCCGGUCCCCAAGGUCCGAUUGGCUACCCAGGCCCUCGUGGUGUGAAGGGCGUGGAUGGAAUUCGGGGGCUGAAGGGUCACAAGGGUGAGAAGGGGGAGGACGGAUUCCCCGGGUUCAAAGGCGACUUCGGAGUGAAAGGAGACAGGGGCGAGGUGGGUGUCCCAGGAGCCAGAGGAGAGGAUGGACCGGAAGGUCCCAAAGGCCGGACCGGACCCUCGGGUGACCCGGGUCCCCUCGGACUGGUGGGAGAGAAGGGGAAGCUGGGCGUACCAGGUCUUCCCGGCUACCCAGGACGGCAAGGCCCGAAGGGAUCUCAGGGCUUCCCUGGAUUCCCUGGCACCAAUGGUGAGAAGGGUGCUCGGGGUCUAUCCGGGAAGCCCGGGCCCCGGGGUGAGCGCGGCCCCUCGGGUCCCAGGGGCCAGCGGGGGCCACGAGGAGCCACUGGGAAGCUGGGGGCGAAGGGCACCUCUGGCGGUGACGGCCCCCAUGGCCCUCCCGGGGAAAGAGGACUCCCGGGCCCCCAGGGGCCAAACGGCUUCCCCGGACCCAAAGGGCCACCGGGCCCCCCUGGCAAGGACGGGCUUCCCGGGCACCCCGGUCAGCGAGGAGAAGUUGGUUUCCAAGGCAAGACGGGCCCCCCCGGCCCCCCAGGAGUGGUGGGACCUCAGGGCGCUUCUGGGGAAUCUGGUCAGAUGGGGGAGAGAGGUCACCCAGGGCCCCCCGGGCCCCCGGGAGAGCAGGGCUUGCCAGGACCCUCUGGGAAAGAAGGAACCAAGGGAGACCCCGGGCCCCCGGGAGCCCUCGGGAAAGACGGCCCGGCUGGACUGCGCGGUUUCCCCGGUGAGCGUGGGCUGCCCGGCACCCCGGGUGGCACGGGGCUGAAAGGGACCGAGGGGCCGGCCGGACCCCCAGGACCUGCAGGCUCCCCCGGCGAGAGAGGUGGCCCUGGGCAGGGCGGCCCCAUCGGACCCCCAGGCAGACCGGGCCCCCAAGGGCCACCAGGCCCCGCUGGAGAGAAAGGAGUUCCUGGUGAGAAAGGUCCCAUAGGCCCCGCUGGCCGCGACGGAGUCCAGGGUCCCGUUGGGCUGCCCGGCCCAGCGGGGCCCCCGGGGGGUGCUGGUGAGGACGGCGACAAGGGCGAGGUGGGCGAGCCAGGCCAGAAGGGUGGCAAAGGCAACAAGGGAGAACACGGUCCCCCAGGCCCCCCAGGUCCCAUGGGCCCAGUGGGGCAGCCUGGAGCAACCGGGGCUGAUGGGGAGCCGGGCGCUCGGGGCCCCCAGGGCCACUUUGGGGCAAAGGGCGACGAAGGAACCCGCGGAUUCAACGGGCCGCCUGGCCCCAUCGGGCUGCAGGGUCUGCCGGGCCCGGCGGGGGAGAAGGGUGAGACAGGUGACGUGGGUCCCAUGGGCCCCCCAGGACCACCGGGGCCACGUGGCCCAGCCGGACCCUCCGGAGCCGACGGACCCCAAGGCGGCCCCGGAGGCAUCGGCAACCUGGGCCCCCCCGGAGAGAAGGGUGAGCCUGGCGAGUCGGGGGCCCCCGGCAUCCCUGGGGAGCCAGGAGUCAAGGGCCCGCGAGGAGAGCGAGGGGAGAAAGGAGAGACUGGAGCCGCUGGCACAGCUGGACCCCCUGGAGGGAAAGGGCCCCCCGGAGACGAUGGGCCCAAGGGGAACCCCGGUCCUGUUGGUUUCCCAGGGGAUCCAGGCCCCCCAGGUGAAAUGGGCCCCAGAGGCCAGGACGGGGCGAAGGGCGAGCGAGGCGAGGAUGGGGAACCCGGGCAGCUGGGCUCGCCAGGCCCGACAGGAGAGAAUGGCCCCCCAGGCCCCCCAGGGAAGAGGGGUCCCGCAGGCUCCCCGGGUCCCGAGGGGCGUCAGGGCGAGAAGGGCACUAAGGGCGAGCCAGGCGCCGUGGGACCCCCUGGCAAGACCGGCCCCGUGGGGCCCCAGGGACCGGCCGGCAAGCAGGGGCCUGACGGGCUCAGAGGCAUCCCUGGCUCAGUGGGAGAACAAGGCAAGCCGGGCGCCACGGGCCAGACGGGCCCCCCUGGACCUGUGGGCCCCCCGGGGCUGCCCGGCCUCAAAGGGGACUCCGGACCCAAAGGAGAGAAGGGCCACCCCGGUCUGAUCGGCCUGAUCGGGCCCCCGGGCGAGCAGGGAGAGAAAGGGGACCGGGGCCUGCCUGGCCCGCAGGGCUCCCUGGGGUCCAAAGGAGAGACCGGGAUCCCUGGUGCUACUGGCCCCAUCGGCCCCGCCGGGCCCCCGGGACUUCCUGGCCCGGCCGGUCCCAAGGGUGCGAAGGGAGCCACGGGACAAGCCGGCCCCAAGGGUGAGCGAGGCGUCCCCGGCCCCCCCGGACACCCGGGCCCCCCCGGGGAGGUGAUCCAGCCGCUGCCCAUCCAGCUGCCCAGGAAGGGCAAGCGGUCGAUCGACGCCAGCCAGCUGGUGGGCGAGGACGGGGAGGGGCUGGCGGCGGACGGGGCCCACGGCCACGCGGGCGGCAUGGACGAGAUCUUCGGCUCCCUCACCGCCCUCAAGCGGGAGAUCGAGCAGAUGAAGCACCCGAUGGGCACCCAGGACAACCCGGCCCGCACCUGCCAGGACCUGCGGCUCUGCCACCCCGACCUGCCCGACGGCGAGUACUGGAUCGACCCCAACGAGGGCUGCUCCCGGGACUCCUUCAAGGUGCAUUGCGACUUCACGGCUGGCGGGGAGACCUGCCUCUUCCCCACCAAAGAGACGCAGAAGGUCCAUAUGUCUGCGUGGCAGGAGGAGACGCCCCCGCGCUGGUUCAGCCAGUUCCGGGAAGGAAGGAAGUUCUCGUACGUGGACGCGGACGGGCGCCCGGUGGGCGCGGUGCAGCUCACCUUCCUGCGGCUGCUCAGCGUGGCCGCCCGGCAGAACUUCACCUACCACUGCCAGCGCUCGGUGGCCUGGCGCAGCGCCGCCUCCGGGGGCCACCAGCGCGCCCUCCGCCUCCGGGGCGCCAACGAGGAGGACAUGAGCUACGACAACAGCCCCUACAUCACGGCCCUCACCGACGGCUGCGCGCGGCGGAAGGGCCCGGACAGGACGGUGCUGGAGGUGAACACGCCCCGCGUGGAGCAGCUCCCCCUGCUGGACGCGCACUUCACGGACUUUGGGGAGCCCAACCAGAAGUUUGGGUUUGAGGUGGGACCCGUCUGUUUCCUGGGCUAAGACCAACCCCUGUGAGCCCUUCCCUGGUCCCUGAGGGAAUGUCCCAGCCUGGCCCAGGCCCCACCAUCCCCCGAGCAGCGAAGCUACGGGACCUACCGCCCACCCGAGGGACGGACCCGCCACGACGACCCACAGCCACCAAGACCGACGCACCCGGCGCCGUCUCCCGCUGGGACCAGGGACCGGAGAGAGACACCGAAGAGACGUCACUGCUUAGACCCUCCUGUAUUUUAACAUGUAGCGAGAGGACAGUUACACCCAUGCGCUGGCUGGAUCCCUCAGAGCCCCACAAUCCUCCAGCCAGAGCUCCCAGAAUGCCCAGCUACAUCCCUCAUUGCCCGUGGGCCAUAUUCCCCAGAGUGUCUCAGGGCUCAUCCUCCAUAUCUCCCAGAGCCCCUCAGCUCUAACCCGACUGGAGCCACCCCGAAACGAUGGACCCGGUACCCCAAUUCCCCUCUGACCGGGGAGCAAAGCCAUUAAUGUCUAAUGAACAUUGUGAGCGAACCAGAGUUAAUACGUCAGCAGGGCGGCCGGCUCCCCUGUGCCAGGCAGCAUCGUGGAUAGGGACCUGGGUUAACCCCAGUGGGCUCCCGUCCCCCCUCCCCACAGUGCUGACACCUGUCAGUGACAACGACCCUCAUGCUUCAGGGCAGGUGCCGGCCUGCAGGGAUGGGGUCAGGAGGAAACUUCCUCCUCACUAAGGGUUCCUUUAAUUCCUGGUUUAGUCACCUCCUGCAGGGUUCCUGCCCUUUCCACCCAGAGCAGCGCAGGCGGGAGGCCAGGCUAGAUGGGCCCCUGGUCCGGGCCAGGCUGGGAUUCCUCUGCCUCCUUCAUCCCUAUCAAUGGGCUCCAGUUCCCC